AUGGGCUUCCCUUCGCAACGGAGUUGUUCUGGGUUUCGAUUGGCUCCUCCUAACAACGGUUCAAGUCCUGAUUACUCAAGUAACUCUUCUCUCACUGCCUUGGACGGUACUACUGAGUCUAUGGGGACGCACCAAAACCAACAUGUCAAUAAUUAUAGCAAUAACUCCAAUAACAGACCACCACCACUACCACAAUUUAAUGGACCUCAGGUUGGCACUUUCAAAACUACCUCUAACAAUACUAUGCUUCCACCUCGCUCACUGCUCCGUCUGAAUAGUACUCCUACUGAUGUGAACUGUGACAUAACCUAUGGUCCCUUCCAUAAUUUCAAACCUCCAGCAUUCAGAGUGUUUGACGAGAAGUUCUACUACAACUAUAACUUCCAUCAUGGAACUUAUCCCUCCUCAUCACACCACACCACUAGACAUACUAAGUUGGGACCACCCACUUUUAUCAAAAGAUAUAGAUACCAUGAGUGUUGGGAACAGUGUGAAACAACAAUUGUGAAGCAGUCCAUCGAAGAAUGGAAGGAUGAAGUGAAUCUCGACUACCAGCUUCGUGAAAUGGAACUCUUAAUUAACCCUGGAAUGAUUGACUUACAACCCGAAAUCCAAUGGUUUAUGCGUCCAUAUCUUUUAGAUUUCCUUUUAGAGCUUCAUCUGACUUUCCGCUUAUGUGAUAGCACACUCUUUAUGUGUCAAAAUAUUCUUGAUCGGUACUGUGCUAAGAGAAUAGUUUUCAAACGUCAUUAUCAAUUAGUAGGUUGCACAGCUCUUUGGAUUGCUGCUAAGUUUGAAGACAAAAAGUCCCGCGUUCCUACCUUGAAGGAAUUAAGUGACAUGUGUCGUCGUGCUUAUGAUGAAGAAAUGUUUGUACAAAUGGAAAUGCAUAUCUUGUCUACCUUAGAUUGGUCUUUAAAGCAAAGUACUCUUGAAGACUGUAUACAUCUUGCAUUCGAACAUACAAAUUUGUUUGACUCAGGUACUUUGACAACUACUCCACCAAGAAGUCGUCAAGAAUAUUUCUGCCAAAAGGUUAGGUACAAGAAUAAUAGAAAGAAGAAUGCAGAAGUUAUUUGUGUUGCCCGUUUCUUAUGCGAGUUAUCAUUAUACGAUAGAUACUUUUUAACAGUUCCUCCAUCGACUACAGCUACAUGUGCUGUGCUCAUGGCAUGUAACAUGUUAGGAUGGCAUUCAGCAGGUCUGCAUUUCACUGAGUUAAUUAAGCAAUUCAUCAGUGAAAUGGAUCCCUUGAAAGAAGUCAAUGAAAAUGAACUCCCAGAGAUCCAAGCUUCUUUCCUUUCAGGUGUUACUCAACAACUGGUUGGUCAAUUCAGAAAGGUAUGUCUUAUGUUGAUUUUACAAUUCACUAAUAUUACAGAUGUGUUGUCUAAGAAAUAUGAAGCGAAAGGCGUUAUUGAGACUUUAACCCAUUUCAUAAAUGGAAAGGAAUGGGAAAUGGCCUUUAUACAUAAAAAUGGGGAGGCAAUUAGGGGGGAAAUCAACUUAAAUUUGGGAUCUUCCAACUCUCUUAUUCCAUUUGUUGACAGUUUGUUGAAUGUUCGUUCUCUUUCCUGGGACGAAUUGUUCAAUGCAUUGAAGCAAACCGAAGACGAAAACAUGUUUUCAUUACCUCCACCAGCACCUCAAUUUGCCUUUGAUAAAACUCAUUAUGAUAACUCCAAAAACAGCAGUCCACCAAAUUACACUUAUCAAAGUCCCAGAAGAAAUAGAUCAGAGUCACAGGAACUGGUUCCUUUGACACCUCCUUCGGCAAAUUCGCUGUAUUCAGUUUUCUCAUCAGCAACUUCACGAUAUACUGCUAACAAUUCCCCUUCAGAUAUCCCGGAUCUGGCAACAUUGCACACGAUUUCUUCCGGCCAUACUAAUACUCCAAUGGCUAAUAUUUUGACUACGGAUAAUCAUCUGCAUCAACCUGAUAAUUAUAAGCUCUCAUUUAGAGCAGAAACUACUACAGGGGUUUUUAAUGUUCAACAGUCUUCAAGUCGCAUGGAUGAAGACUGUGAAGACACCGCCAACCAAUAUGAACCGUAA